AUGAAUAUCCUUCAGUACUCGGAUCAAUUAGAAGUGUUUGCUGAGAAGUGGGCUAAUCGCUGUGAGUGGGAAUUUCCCGAUGCUCUCGAACAUCCCGAUGUCGCUGAAUUGGGUAUGAAUAUUGCGGCCAUUGGCCGUGAGGAUCGUGAGCCCGAUUUGCAAGAAUUCUUUGAGGUCUGGCUUCGGGAGGCCAGGUUCUACGCCUUCAGGACAAACACCUGCACGGCCUUCUGUCAACACUACACUCAGCUGAUAUGGGACGACACAGAGGAAGUUGGUUGUGCGUUGCACUUCUGCAAUGGAACAACCGAUGCCCGUAAGGUAUUUGUGUGCUUGUAUCGGCCACCGGGCAACUUUGAGGGACAAUGGCCUUACGAUCCAGCUGGAUCCAUGGAACUUGGGUCUGAUGAGGUAGAUGACGGCGAAGAGGAAGGGGAUGAUGGUAGCCAACAGAAUGAUGAUGAUGACGAAGAGGAUGAGGAUGGCUCGGCUGGAGGCCGGAAGGAUGCGGAUGACGACAGAAACGAAGACGAUGACGAUGAUGACGCUGAAAAUGAAGGGGGAGUACAGGAUGACGAAGAAGAGGAAGAAGAGCAAGGAGAUGGGAGGAAAAACUCGGGCGCGACUAAAGCCACUUUUCAAACUUAUCCUCUACUUUUUUGGAAUUUUAUUUUUCUGGCUCACUACUAG